AUGGCUGAUUGUGAUGCAAGAUGCGAUGAUGAGUACAGCAGCCUUCUCAACCAGCUUUAUCUCUCGCUAGCUAUUGGUGGAUCAUCGCUAAUCCUGUUUGAGACUUUCUUGAGGCUGAAGAGACGUGAUAUGCCGACCGGCGACGAUCAAUAUAGAUCAGAAAAGUAUAUAUUUGGGUACCUCUACCGCUUCAAAUCGUUUCUCGAUCCGCCGUCGGCAGCGCAUCCCAAAUGGCCGCUAAAGUGGAUAAUCCAGGUAAUGAUGCUGGGAAAUGAGGAGAUAAUAAGAAAAUUGGGAGGAGAUGCAGCGGCGUAUAUUCACUGGCUAAGGACACUCACGAUGGUGCCGAUACUGCUACCGAUACACUUUCACUUCAGCUCAUCGGGUGCGUCGUCAUCGAUGAACACAGCAUCGCUCACCCACCUCAUUGAAAAUGAGAGCGGGGAGCGACUGAUUUAUGUGCAUGUAAUCCUCUACAUAUACACAUCGAUCUCAUGGCUCGUCGCACUGCUGUGGCUUAUCAACGGCACUAUCAGUAUUCGCGAGAAGCUGGCGUACAUGUCGGCGGAUAACGCAGAGCAGGAGGAGCAACAGGCACAGACACAGGCGCACAAGUCUAAAUCAAUCUUGGUUACAAAUAUACCAACACGUCUGCGCGAUGAGCGCAUCCUCGCGUCGUAUUUCGCCUUCUACCUGAACAGAUUUAAGAAGAAGAAGACGACGGUGAGCAGACGGUCGUCUAUUGCAUCAUUUACGAGUUUCAUUGAGCGUUUGGAUGGUGGUAGCGGGGGCGUAGAUGUGGAUGCAGAAGGAGGCAGCAGCCGUCGCAGCUAUCACAGCCAUCACAGCCAUCACAGCCAUCGCAGCCACAUAAACAACCACAUAAACAACACAGACCACCUCGAAGACAUCACAGACGCGCAUAUUGAAGAUGUAUGCAUAGUACGCAAGUACGAUAGUCUCGUCCAGCUCAGAAGGAAACAUGCGGACUGCACCAAGCGGCUAGAGCUGGCAUAUAUGGGACUAGCGAAGCGGGUGCUUGCGCAUGUCGAGCGCAGGCUAUCUCAGGUGAAUGGGGAAGGGUGGAGUGGAGAAGAUGAGGUACUCGUCCAAGAGCUAGCGGGGUUUGUGCGUAAACGAGGAGUAUCUCAAGCAACAUGCACGAGCAGAAUCUCACAAGCCGUUCGCGGUGCACUCAACAAGCUGCUGCGACGCGAAGAUUCUUUCGUACGCUUCACUGACUCACCUGAUUCGGACAAGACGCGCGCGUAUACACCCACUCAUAACACCAUUUGGGACGCACUUCUCCUCCUCCCCUCACACACCCUCGAGCCGUUCCAGUCGCGGAUACGCGUGAAGCCGCUGAUACAGAGUGUGGUCCGAGGGGCGCGAGGGGCGCGAGGGGCGCGCCCGGAGAGCACUAUCCCGGAUAUACAUUACCUGACGCACAAACUGCGUCUGCUCACAAAAAGCGUGGAGCAAGUGCAGAUGGAAACACCAGCCGUGUUCCCGCCGACUUCUACAGCUUUCGUUACAUUCAGGGGCGUGGCUGAUGCUCGAAUUGCGUGUAGGAAGCUCGCAAGUCACCCUACACGCCCACACGCAUGCAUUGUCGCCCCGGCGCCCUUUUACAGCGAGAUUGAGUGGGAUGUGGCCAUCUCAUCCCAGUCCAAGUCGCUCACGCUGCGCGCGCUCAUUAUCAAGAUCGGAGUGUGGGGGUUCAUUCUCUUCUACAUUAUCCCGAUGGCCGCGCUGUCGUCGCUAUUCAGCAUCGAGCGCGUGCGCAACGUCAGCGAGCGGCUGGGGAGGUAUUUCGACAGACACGAGCGACAGGCAGAGUGGUUCACGACCAUCCUUCCUACACUCAUCGUCGCGUUCAUUUCGCUGAUGAUGCCCGCUAUUCUGUUCGGGAUCGGUAAAAAGGCAACGCCGCACCUCACCCUAGGACGAAUGCACGAUCAGAUCUUCCAUCGCUACUGGGUGUUCAUGAUUACGAAUGUGCUUAUCACUUUCUGCAUCGGCGCGGCGACCUUCCGAUUUAUUCUCGAGUCUCUUUCGGGCAGCGCAUCCGGCAUGUCUAUCCUCAAUCGUGUUUAUCUCAGUUUCCCACAAGCGGCGCCGUUUUUUGCAAGCUGGUCAAUCUUGCAGACGAGUAUUCAGAAUCUCGUGCAACUUGCCCUGAUCGGGCUACCGCUACUGACAUUUUUCUUGGUCACCUUGCGCGCGCAGACGCCGCGACAACGUCAGGCCGCUACGAAUGCGCGCACCCCCGAUUACCAUGUAUUCUGUUCAAACACGCUACUUGUAGUAAGUGUAUGUCUCGUGAUGGGGGUUUUCAAUCCGCUCGUGAUCCCUUUCACGCUGGUGUAUUUCAUUGCUGCCAACAUUGUCUACCGCAACCAGUUGUACCACGUCUACUCACGGCGGGUGUACGACACAGGUGGUCGUCGCAUUGCAGUGCGCUGUUUCCGCUACGGCAUGGAUGCUCUGUCCGUGUCUCAGACGGCUUUCUUCGCUUUCCAUCUGGUGCGUUAUGAGGAUGGCAAGCAGGCGGAUGCGAGGACGUAUGCAGUCAUUAUUGGCGUGCUCUUCGCUCUCACCCAGCUCGCGAAACUGCUCAUCACAAGACAGGUCAAAGCCCGCUUCGAUGCACUAGAGCUGCUUGAUGCGUUGUGGAGGAACGGCGAGUCACUCGCUUCGACGCAGGUGCAGUCUCUCAGUGGCAUGACGCUCGAGAUGCGCUACGCGGAGCAUGUCGAGGAGACGCGCAGCAGCCGCGCUUUGACGGGGGAGAAAGGCAGUGGAGAUGCGCGGUGGUCGUACAAACUGCGCAACUUCCUCCUCUGCUCACACUUUACCCCCUCAGCUCUCCUGCGCGAUCUGCGCAAGGAGACGCGCGGUCGGUUGUCGAACCUCAGGCGUAAGUGCGUGCCGAUCGUGUCGCGCUCCAAGAAAAUCCCCAAGGAGAUACUGGCACAGGGGGGAAGAGAUAGAGGGGAGAGAGUGGGUGGACAGAGUGAGUUAGAUUCAGAUACAGCGGAGCUAGGCGAAGUGCUCCAUGUCGAUGAGACACCACAAGCCCCACUAUUCACCUCGCAGAUGCGCAGCGACAGCCAUAUAUUCACUGCGCUGAGUGUGGAUAACCUCAAUAAGGCGAGCAAUGAAGAUAGUGGUUAUGGGAAUGUGAAUGGGAAUGGCCCGAGCAACAGCAACAGCAAUAGCAACAAGGACAACACCCCCACUCAAACAAACAAAGGCAUAAAGCUGAUACACAAACUCAACCCAAUCAAGAACAUCUCUGCUAAGCUAGACACGCGCAAUAACCGGAUAGACAAGGUAGGGUUGACAGAGGUGGAAUCAGGAGAAGAAGGGCGGGAGAUGCAAGUAGUGAAGCAUGUUCGGAGGGCGUUGAGGAGUGAUGCGCCGGACGAAAGCACACGGUACCACUGUCCAUUCUAUUAUGAAAAUUUGCAGCCUUUUCUUCUCCUGCCGAGAGACCCACGGCGGAAUAUCGACCUAGACGAUCUGGUAGAGCUGCAUUACGGGGGCGGUAGUGUCGGGUGGAUGGAGCGCGAGGAUGAGGCGGAGGAGGACUCGGGCUUGGACAGCAAUAGCAAUGGCAGCAUCAGCAGCCACGCCACCUCUAUCACCACCGCCAGCUCCACGAGCACCACCAACUACGAGCAUAUCAGCCUGUCGAAUAUGCACAGAACGCACACAAGUCACAGCGCUCGAUACAGUCAGACAUUCAGAGACAGUCUCAGCCCGAAGCUGGGGCGGAGGUGGAUGGAGAGCGAGGAUGAGUUAUUUACUUGA